GCUGCAGUCACAUGACUUGUCAUAUCAGAGCUCUCCCCUCUCUUGUUGUGCUGGGAGGACACAGACUGCUGCAGAAUUGUUGUGGGCACUCCUUCAAUAAGAAACCCAUUCUAAAAGCACUGGAAUAAACUGUGAUAAUGAGCAAGGACAGGAAUUGGAUGGAUGAGAAGAUCUUGGAUCUAACUCUAGAGAUUAUCUACCUGCUGACUGGAGAGAGAUUUUGUGCAAGAAUCACACCAGGCAGCUGUGAAUCCAUGUCAGGAGGACUCUGCACAGAACAGAACCCCGUAAUUGUGCCUCCACAGAUCUCACUGAUACAUGAGGGAAACCAUGAGCAGAAGAUCCUGGAACUGACCAAUCAGAUCACUGAGCUGCUGACUGGAGAGGUUCCAAUUAGGUGUGAGGAUGUCACUGUCUGUUUCUCCAGAGAGGAGUGGGAGUUUAUAGAAGGACACAAGGAUCUCUACAAUGAUUUCAUGAUCCAGACUCACCAGCCUUUCAACUCAUUAGAUAAAUCUGUAUUUGGUGGAUCUCAAGCCUUGGUUUCUGUACCCAAUUAUGAAACCAAACCUACAACUGAGAAUGGAAUCCAUAAUGGAGGGACAUUUUCAUCAUGUGAAGAAUACAAUCUCACAGAGUUUGCCAUUCAUACACAAACAGGAUAUCAAUGUACUAAUAUUAAGAGAGACUCAGACUAUCCGUCUGAUUUUAUUAAGGAGGAAUCGACCACUUCUGAAAAAGGAGAAACUGACGUUUAUAAACCCACUGAACAUACACAGAUAGAAUAUAUAUCUGAUUACACUCAGGGUUAUCAAAAAGACAAUAUAAAUUCUCUGAAAAUAUUUUGUAAUGUGCCUUUAAAUGCAUCGAUUGAAUCCAGCAUUACCAAGAAAUCCCUCAAGAGUAACCAUAACACAGAGCCAAUGUCUGCCUUACCAAAAAACACUUUAAAUAACACAGAGCUUGUAAAAUAUCAGUCAGCUGACAAAGGAAAUAAAUUGACUGUUUCUGAUAAUGGAAAACCACUAUUCCCAUGCUCUGACUGUGGGAGAAUAUUUACUAAACAGUCUAGUCUAAUAAACCAUCAAAGGACUCACUCAAGGGAAAAAACAUAUAAAUGUUCUGACUGUGGUAAAGAUUUCACUACAAAGUAUCUUCUUACUAAACAUCAAAAAAAUCACACUGUAGAAAAUCCCUUUAACUGUGCUGAAUGUGGGAAAUGCUUUGCUCGGGCUGCAAAUUUAGCGUUACAUAAAAGAAUUCACACGGGGGAAAAACCAUUUAAGUGCAGUGACUGUGGGAAAUGUUUUAACAAAUCGUCAAAUCUUUCUUCACACAAAAAGGUUCACACAGAAGAUAAACCAUUCAAAUGCACAGAAUGUGGAAAAGGUUUUAUCCGACGCGAACAACUAUCUUUACAUGUGAAGAUGCACACAGGAGAAAAAUAUAACUGUAUUGAAUGUGGGAAAUGCUUUAUCCAGAUUUCAAAUCUUUUAUUACAUAAAAGGAUUCACACAGGGGAAAAACCAUUUAAAUGCACCGAAUGUGGGAAAUGUUUUACCCAAAAAAGACAUCUUGUAUCACACUUAAAAAUUCACACAGGAAAGAGACCAUUUAAAUGCCCUGAAUGUGGAAGAUGUUUCACCCGGAGCACACACCUUUCUUCACAUGUAAAGAUUCACACUGGAGAAAAACCAUAUAGAUGCACCGAGUGUGGGAAAUGUUUCACCCGGAGCACACACCUUUCUUCACAUGUCAAGAUUCACACUGGAGAAAAACCAUAUAGAUGCACCGAGUGUGGGAAAUGCUUCGCCCGGAACGCAGACCUGUCUUCACAUGUAAUGAUUCACACAGAAGAAAAACCACAUGCAUGUACUGAGUGUGGGAAAUGCUUUAGAUUGAAACCCCAUCUUGUAUCACACGUAAAGAUUCACACAAUAGAAAAAUCACUUAAAUGCAACAAAUGUGGGGAGUGUUUCCCCCUUGCUCCAAGUCUUGCGUCACAUUUGAGUAAGACACAUUUAUAAGCAAAUCUAGUAAAUGUUUUAGCAAUC